UUUUUCCUGAAUCGGCUUGGUUCUAAUUCACUUCUGCCUGUUGUUUUCCCUCCCUUGUUGCCUUCUCUGUUUCAUACUUGUGGUGUCUAUUUCUUCUCUCCCACUGCCUCCCUCCCACCCCCAUUUCUGGGCUCCCUCCCCUGUGGGCUUUCUCUGUAUAUCUGCACCUUUGCACAUCUCUGUGUCUGGUGUGUCUUCCCCUCCCUUGAGGGUCUCUUUUGCCUCCUCUUUGUCCCCUGUAUCUUUCUUUAUCCAUUCCUCCUUCCCCUCUCCCGUUCCCUGCCUCUGCUGGCCGCCUGUGCUCUCUGGGACUGUACUGCCUGGUGGACUGGGUCUGCCUUCGUGGAUUUACCCACCAGUGGAGCUUGAGGCUACAAGCCCAAGUAUCUCCAGCUCAAGGAGCAGCUAGAAGAUGAGUUCCCCGGAUGUCUGGACAUUUGUGGGGAGGGGACUCCCCAGGCCACCGGGUUCUUUGAAGUGACAGUAGCCGGCAAGUUAGUUCACUCCAAGAAGAGAGGUGAUGGCUACGUGGAUACAGAGAGCAAGUUUCGGAAGCUGGUGACCACCAUCAAAGUGGCCCUGACCCAGUGCCAGUGAGCCCUGAAGGCAGAGUCCUGAGACCCUCCUGGCCAGCCCCUCUUGGCAGCUGCUUCAUGACAGGAAGGACUGAAAUGUCUUGACACACUGUGGUCUUUCCUCGAUGUUCCUACGGCCAUCAAGUCCGGGCAGAUAUGACCAGUGGUCUUUGCCUCUGUGUGGGGUGUGUGUCCCUGGAACCCACCUUUGCACACGCCCUGUCCUGCCCUUCCCCACCUCUCCCUGAAUUCCCCCAUGUCUCCCACCUACUCUCCUGCCUUAGUUUCCUUUCUCCAGCAGAAACUCCAAGUAGUCAGCAUGGGGCUGACUUCACAGCCACAGCGAUGAUGGUUCCCACUUCAAUAAA